GGGCUCUGUGUCCAUACAGUCAUGUCUGAUGUUUCAAAUACGGCAGUUGAUUUAUGUUUGACAACUGUGGAAUGUCAACUCAACGACAAAUGUCAUUGUGAGAAUUCAGAGUAAUUCAAACACAGAUGUCAGAUAUUUAUUGCGCAUCUGAGUGAAUAGAAAAUUAAGAAUCAGAAAUCAUUGUAUUUCUUCGAAAAACUGUAAACCCCGUUCUGGUGCUGUAGAAGAUAUGAGUAUGGGUAUUAAUUUGCCAUACGUGACGUCAUUCUGCUGUUGUCUGGACCUUGGGGUUGGCGCCAAGGUCAUAGGAUAUCUACAUCUGAUUGUUUCUCUAUCGCUGACAGCUUUGAGCGCGCUGAUUACCUCUGAAAUCCACGAUAAAGUCGACACCGUCGAAGACGCAGAAGACCAUGUAUACACUGCUGCGUACCCCAGCGCCUUGGCGGCCACUAUUUCCUCCGUCGUUCAUGUAUUGCUCGCUUUAUUUCUACUCCUGUCUACUUAUAAGCGGUGGUGUACCGGUCUUCGUACGUGGGUGUGGAUAAUGUUGGUGCUAUGGAUGGGAGGUUUGCUGUUUAUUGUCGUCUCCACCGCAAUCUCAGGCUUCUCCGACUCCGGCUCGCAUGUGUUCAUCUCUUUCACGUUGAGUGCUAUGUUUCUCAUGGCCGACGCUUACUUCAUUAUAACUGUAAACAGUUACUACUUGAAGCUGAAGAGCUCCGAAGACAUGGAGGGCCCUGCGAAGGCUGACUGUUGAAUUUAGUUGUUGGUAAUUGUUAUUUAUUGUUUUCUAUUCUGUUAUUGUUUCGUAAUAAUUAUGUUCCAUUAUUAUUUAUGAUGGUAUUGGAAAGGAAUGUGGAAUAGUAGUUAAACUACGAAUUUAUGAUGUAAGGAAAAGAACUAAGGACAUGUGAUCUCAGCUGUAAGAGCGCAAUUUUAUAUUUUGUAUGAAGUAUAUGGAGCAUUUAUGACUACAAAAAAAUAUAUAUUUAUUGUAGUCAUUAUAAAUAUUAUAUUAUAUAUAUUUAUAUAUGAAUAUUUUUUAUUUUUAUAUAGAUAUAAAUGAUUAUUGUCGUAACAAAGAGCAAUGGCCAAUUCUCAUACAUUAAAUUAAUUAUAAACAAAUUGUUCUUAAAUUGAAAUUAGUAACAUUGGGGAGUACGUUACAGAACUGUUAUUUACAGAAACUUUGUUUCUUAAAAGUGUAGUUUGAGUAUUGAAUAUUACACUUUUUGUAUAUGGUGUGUUAGAUCUCAUAAAUGUGAUUAAUUUUGGUGUAAUUUUCAUUGAAUUGUACAUUUUAGGAAAAGAACGAAAUCAACUAUUUAUUUAUGCAAAAACGAAUGUCAUUGUCAUUUCAUGAUAAGAAUAUAAAACAUGAAAUCAAUAUGCAGAAUAUAAUCCGCACACAAAAAUGCUGUUUUCUUAAUAUGAACUAGGAUAUAAAGUUAUCCCAUUUUUAAAUAUUGUAUUGUCGUUUUUAUUAGACAUCAUGUAGAGAUAUUUUUUAACGUUAUAUUGGAGUUUUAUUAAAAUAAGGGUUAUAUAAAGUAUAACCUUAUUUUGAUAAAACCCUGUUUUCCGUAUUCACUUGUGUCGGUCACUUCUAUAUGAAUACCAUUUAAUAAAUAUUUUUGUCUAUUGAUGUGUACACGCUUCGCUAUUUUACAAAUAUGUGGAUUAUAUUUUAGUGUCAUGUAAUAUAUCGCCAGAAACUACGUUUUUCAAAAAAUUUUAGUUGUAGGCAAUUAUGCUCAAAUUUAGCAGCUAGCUGCUGAAUGAAAUCUUGCUUUAAAUUAGAAUUUUAUGGAGAAAUGUCUAGUCAAAAUUCAAUUUUAGUUUUUUUUUUAGAACGAGUUGUUUCUGUACAAGCUACGGUUUUAUAUACGAUUGUGGUGACCGUAUACGGAGAUGAAAGUCACAGAUAGUAUUAAUAAAAAUUAUUUCAAAUACAGUACAAUCCGGAUAUAAAGACCCUCAAGGGACCAGCGAUAUUAUGUCAUACUAACCGGACGGACAAAACAGGAUUCUUUCUGAAGUACAUAUUAUUAUAAUAGUGAAAGUAUCACUUUCCUAUUUGAUUAAUAAAACAGUUCAUACUUUACUAUAAUAAUCAAAUGCAAACCUCGUAAAGACGAGGUUUGCAUUUGAUUCACCGACUUCUAAGCGGUGUAACAUUGGACUUUUGCUUCAAUUGUUAAAUACUUUUGUUUCAUAGAACUUGUCAUAACAGGUGACAAACAUUAACUGAUAUUUACGCGCGCGUCAAUAAGGCAGGAAGAAGCGCGCGAGGCCAAUAAACGGUAUUGGUGCGUAGAUUAUGUAACCAAAACAUCGCGCGUUGUUUUACCUGUACGUAUUAUCAUAAAUAAUGGUAUUAGCAGUUAGUCGCUUAAACCGGGGUCGCACUAAACGGUAUAACCGUUUAUUUAGUUCCUAACAAUGAAAUCUAACUAGACAAAACAUUAUCGUCACUAAUAUAGGUUAGUGGUUAUAAGCGAAGUCGUUAUAU